AUGAAAAAGGUACAGGAAGCUACUGAGUGCAGCAUGGAGGAGUCAGACAUUUCAUCACAUGAUGGGCUGCACAACAAUGAGUGUUCUGGAGAUGAAGGAGGGAGUAAGGAUGUGGACAAGAAAAAGUUUAGGGUAUUCAAUCCUGCAAUAGAGAUGGAUGACCCAAAGUUUGAACUUGAGUUGUUAUUCAAGUGUAAAACUGACUUUAUCAAUGCUGCAAAAUCACAUGGAGUGAAGUAUGGAAGAAAAAUCAGGUUUAAGAAAAAUAAUUCAAACAGAUGCAAAGCCAUAUACAAAGGCAAGAGAUGCAUGUGGAACAUAUAUUGCUCAGUUAGGAGUGAUAAAAUGACAUUCCAAAUCAAAAGCAUACUGCUGACUCACACCUGUGGUAGGACAACCUAUCAUGGCCUGGCAAGUGUGACAUAUUUGGCCAACAAAUAUUUGGAGGACAUUAGACUGAACCCAAAUUUUAAUGUGGGUGAUUUUAUGAUAAAGGUCCACAAGGACUUGGGAGUUAGUAUCACACCUAACGUGGGGUAUAAGGUAAGGGCAAAAGCUAAAGAGAUGAUACAUGGUGAUGUCAUGUCCCAGUACAGCAAACUUUGGAGCUACUGUGAAGAAUUUCAAAAGGGUUGUAGAUAUACUGUAAGUCUUGAUGGAUGUCACUCAAGAGGCUGUCAUAAGGGAGUUCUUCUCACAGCUGUUGGUAUUGAUCCAAAUGAUCAACUAUUUCCGAUAGUGUAUGCUGUAGUUGAAACUGAAAAUAAGAACUCUUGGAAAUGGUUUGUAGAAGAGCUAAAGGGUGACCUUGAAAUUAUUGAUGAAAGCAUUUGGACAUUUAUGACCGACAAGCAAAAGGGGCUAAUUCAAACUAUUCAAGAGGUACUGCCAGGGGUUGAGCAUCGCAUGUGUGUGUGGCACAUGUAUAAUAAUUUCAAAAAACAACAUCCAGACCUAGUUCUUAAGGAAAGGAUAUGGGUUGCAGCACGAGUUUCUUAUAGGGAUAGAUUUGCUGGAUUGAUGGAGUCACUAAAAGAGUUUGAUGAAGGUGCGUACAAUUGGCAGAAACCAAUUCUUGACAUGUUGGAAACCGUUGGAUUUUACUUAAUGGUUAGGAUGGAAAAAAAGAGGGAAUGGAUAAAGAAAUACAUUGGGGAGAUAUGUCCUAAAAUUCUGAAAAAGUUGGAGAAAAAUAAGCUUGCUGUAAAUGACUGCAUUCCUAGCCAUUCCAAGAAUUGGAAAUUUGAAAUUAGGUGCAUGUAUGGUGAUAGGUAUACUGUGGACCUUAUUAGUAGAUGCUGUAGUUGUAGAAAGUGGGACCUUAAUGGCAUUCCUUGUGCACAUGCCAUUGCUGCAAUUUGUGACACUGGAAAGGAACCCGAGAAGUUUGUAUAUGAUUGCUACUCCAAAGAAGCUUACAUGAGGGCAUAUGAACCUAUGAUAAGCCCAAUGAAUGCUGAGCAAAUCUGA